AUGUCGCCCAUCAGGUUCCUGCGCAAUGCCAUGGAAAAGAUAUGCGACAUCUUCAGUACUGAGCGCGAGAUGUACCCGUCGACUAUGGCGCUCAACGAGGCGAGGAGAAACCCAAAGAAGUAUUCCGGAUAUUCCGAGUUCGCAAAAAUGCUAGCUGCCUCCGGGGCCCUGCCUAUCGUGCGACGGUUCGACAGGCUGUCACUCCGUGUCAUGCUCCGUCUCCAAGACGAACUCACCAAGAUCGAGGAGCAGCUUGACGCCAUUGACAAGACCCAGAUGUCAAAGGAGGCCCCUCAGGAUAUCAACAACGGGACCUUUCGUGCUGACCCUGUGCCAGAACGUAACAGUCUGUUGCAAAAUGCACAUGGAAAGCUGGAGCGUUACCAUCGCUUCAUGCACAAGUACAGCAAGUUACUGGCUUUGGCCGAGCCGCAUCAAGGCGCCAUCAACAACCUCCGUAACUGGAUUGACCAGAAUUCGCGGUGGGAUACGAUUGACGGUGAAGACCAGCUUGUGGAUGGGCCGAUUAACAGCGAGGAGCUGGAGUUCCUAAACGGCCCAGAUCUCAUCCCUAUAGUACCCGACCAGCGCAGCCCCUUUCGCAAGUUCAUGAAUAGAUCGGAAUUGCUUCGUCGGUCAAAAUUUCUCCAGACGGAAAUUCCCGACUCCCUCAAACCAAAUGUGGAUGAUGGGACGUUGAUACUUACCGAUGAUGCAAAGCUGUUGAUGUCCGAGAAGGUGCUGAGUGGCCUCGUUGGCCUUGUUAUGCUGGUCUUGCCGAUGUGGGUGCUUCCACUUUUUGAUGGCUUCUAUCCUGAGGUUGGUAUUGUUACGGCCUUUGUCUGCACCUUUUGCUUUAUUGUUUGGGCUUCCACCACGGCUAGACCAUAUGAAUCUCUGGCAACGCCGGCUAUGUAUGUUGCUUUUCUGGUGUUGUUUCUGCUGGCAAAGGAGAGGUCUUGA